CCUUCAGCGUAACACUUCCAAGAUGGCCGCUGAAGGUGUGGACGAAUUGUUCGGUAUAAAAACAGCUUUUUAUAUUGGUAACUACCAGCAGUGCAUUAAGGAAGCUCAAGCCUUAUCGCCGUCGCGUGCUGAUCUCAGUGCUUCUAGAGAUGUAUUUCUGUACAGGUCGUACAUUGCCCAGAGGAAGUAUGGUGUUGUGCUUGAUGAGGUGACAAACAGUUCUCCUGGCGAACUUCAGGCUGUGCGAACAUUAGCUGAUUACCUACAGAAUGGACACAAAAGAGAUGGUAUCAUUGCUGAUGUCGACAGCAAGCUAAAUAGUGGGGUUGAUGCGAGUAACAAUACAUUCUUCCUAAUAGCUGCAACCAUCUUCUAUAAUGAACAGAACUAUGACUCUGCUCUUCGCUGCUUGCAUCAAACAGAAGACUUGGAAUGCUCUGCUUUGUCUGUUCAGACUUACUUGGUCAUGGAUAGAGUUGACUUGGCAAGAAAAGAGUUGAAGAGGAUGCAAGAGAUGGAUGAUGAUGCAACACUCACCCAGUUAGCGUCAGCCUGGAUGAAUGUUGCCACGGGCGGAGAAAAGUUGCAAGAUGCAUACUACAUUUUCCAAGAGUUAGCUGAGAAAAACACACCAACAGUACUCUUGCUUAAUGGACAAGCAAUCUGUAAUAUUCAACAAGGAAAGUAUGAUGAUGCAGAAGGUCUCCUGCAAGAAGCUUUAGAUAAGGAUAGCAGCAAUGCUGAAACUCUUGUCAAUAUGGCUGUUGUUGCCCAACACCUGGGCCAUACAUCUGAGGUUGUACAACGUUAUAUCUCCCAACUGAAAGAUGCCCAUCGCAACCACACAUUUGUCAAAGCUCUCACCUUGAAGGAAGAAGAGUUUGAUCAAGUCGCAGGGCAAUAUGCACCACAAUAAGUUACAACUGCUAUUAGACUCAUGAAGCUCAAUUUAUAAUAAUAAAAUUCAGAUCAAUACAAAUGUGGCUCUAGUAUAUGAAACAUACAGUUUAGUCCUGAUAU